GUGAACGUGUUGCAGGUCAACAGCUGACUCGAUUGUUGACGCAGAAGAGGAUUGAUGUGUCGCGUAUUUCGAGACUUUCGCCUCUCGGCGGUACACUCAGCUUUCUAGUCGACCGCUCCGACCAUUACGAAUGUCGCGAUCCGAAUGUAUCUGAUACGUGUGCUCUGACAUGGUCUCUCUUGGAAGUUACAAGGAGAGCCGGCACUCUCACGUACUCAUGCCAGUACUUCUAAGUGCCUGCGCUAUCCCGAUUUCGAUGUUCUUUUGGAUAGUCAACGUGGUUUACUCGAUACUGUGGCCAAACACCGUCAACUCGAUAGAAGAACAUUCAGUGAUUUCGCCAUGGAGAUGGUUGGCUGCAGUUGUAAUUCCACUUAUAUUCUUAUUUUGGGGUAUACGCAAGAAAAGUCUGGACAUUAGCGGUGGAAUUCUUGGUUUUUUUAUGGGUUUUAUCCUGACACUUUCGAGUUUUGCUCAUUUGAUGGCUCUUAUAACGUUCUUCGUCACUGCAUCAAAGGUGACAAAAUUUCGGUCUGUGCGAAAAAAGAAAAUGGAAGCCGAUUUUAAGGAAGGUGGCCAACGGAAUUGGAUUCAGGUUCUGUGUAAUGGUGGCAUGGCUACGCAAUUAGCCUUAUUAUAUCUAUUGGAUGUUGGGAGCGGAGAACGACCAAUUGACUUCGACAAGGAAUAUCGAAGUUCAUGGUUAUCCAUUGGAAUAAUAGGGGCAUUUGCGUGUUGUAACGGUGAUACAUGGGCCUCUGAGCUUGGUACGGUGAUUGGCACGAGUGAUCCUUUCCUCAUUACGACGAGGAAAAAAGUUCCAAGAGGAACGAAUGGUGGUGUAUCAUGGACAGGUCUGGUAUGUUCUGUCGUUGGUGGUUUAGUAGUUGGACUUUUUUAUUAUAUUAUGGUAUUAAAUACCGUUGACACAGCUGUACUGCAAUUAGCAGCACCACAAUGGCCCAUCAUAAUCGUCGCAGCAUUCGGAGGUCUCUUUGGCAGCAUUUUAGAUUCUAUUCUUGGUGCGACUUUACAAUAUUCAGUAUGUUCUCUUCAGCGACGAAGACUCAUUUCAUAACAAUGGACAACUUAACAGGCAUAACUAUCAUUAUUGGUCCAUAUACAAUCCUCACUGGACUCAAUAUGUUGAUAAUCAACAUCGUUGAAGUUUAAACACUUGGUGCGGAAUUGUAAAUAGAUAUUUGAUUGGUCUAUACUUUUUUGAUAACCGCUUAAAAAUCUUAUCUUUCUUUCUUGCAGAAUAAAUUGCCUGAGCUUUUAGAAGAGGUUGAUCUUGCUACUCAAUAAAAAAUAUGAUGGCAGCAAGAUGAUACGCCAUCUCAUUCUCAUCGUAUUGUGACGGAAUACCUUAAUAACAUCUUUCUGAAAGAUAAAUAGAGAGAUAUGGAUAUAUUCGAUGGCCUCCAUGGUCUCCUGAUUUAAUUUCAUGUGAUUUUUUUUGUGGCGCUACAUAAAAAAUAUUGUUUACAAAAUUCCGACAUCUGCAGAAAAUAUGAAAAAUCGAAUAAUAACUAAUGUUUGUCAUAGCAUUCUUCAAAUAUUUUAAUUUCAACAGUAAAAAAUUUUGAGAAACGAUUGAGACUGUCUGCAAGAAAAUGAAGCUCCAUUUGAACAUCUUAUCAACAGCUAAAGACAUCGAAUUGAUUUUGCCUUAGUUGGCCGGAUCAGUCCCGAUAUUGCCUUAAUCGGCCGGAUCAGUGAUCGAUUUUGCCGGAUCAGUGAUCAGUCUUGCCUUAACAAGUACUUAACGAAAAAUAACUUUAUUAUAGUGUUUUGGGAAGUUCUCGAGAUAAACUACAAGAAUAUGUAAUAAAAAAUAAAUUUCCAUUUAAAAAAAACA